GGGAGGCGCGAGCUACGCGGAUAGCUGCCGCUGCCAGUAUUUAAUUAUUUAUUCGCCGCGCGAGCCGCGGGCCGGAGGUCGGUCGUGACUGGAGACGAGCGUGCGGGGCCGGUCUCCCCGUCUAGUGUUGUUGUAUCGAGUCUGUACCCGGUGUUAUAAGUGACUAUUAUGAGCGACAGGGAUAGAUCGUCGCCUUCCCUCACGGACACCCCGCUGAAGACGUACAUCGGCCGGCACGACGACGACUACCCCCUUAUAAACGGAAACGAUUUCCUGAGCCACGGGGCUAGUUUCAACAAAAAAUACGGCAAGUCGGUGAACAGUAAGGACCCGCUCGAAGACAAGAAAGAUGACAGUGACCUGUGGGAGGCGCAGGCCGCUUUCCUCGGGCCAACGCUAUGGGACAAGACGCUGCCCUAUGACCCCGAUCUCAAGGUACAAGAAUACGCGGACCUAGACGAGUUCCUGUCGGAGAAUGGCAUGUCGGGCGAGGGACUGGGUGGAGCGCACCUCGGCGGCUCGGCCUUCGGGCCAGCGCUCGGCCUGCAGGCGCCGGUCACCAAACGGGAGCGCUCGCCUUCACCCUCCGACUGUAUGAGUCCAGAUACCAUCAACCCGCCGCUCUCACCCGCCGACUCCACGUUUUCGAUGGCAUCAUCGGGACGUGACUUCGAUCCUCGGACGCGCGCUUUCUCCGACGAGGAGCUCAAGCCGCAGCCAAUGAUCAAGAAGUCCCGGAAACAGGUAAAUGAUUUCGUGCCUGACGACCUGAAAGACGACAAGUACUGGGCGCGUCGGCGGAAGAACAACAUGGCGGCGAAGCGGUCCCGCGACGCACGCCGCAUGAAAGAAAACCAGAUCGCAAUGCGGGCAGGGUACCUGGAGAAAGAGAACAUGGGCCUGAGACAAGAAGUGGAGCUACUUAAGAAGGAAAAUCACAUCCUGCGAGAGAAGCUCUCAAAGUUCGCGGAUGUAUAGGCGGCCCGCGCCCCCCCACCACCCGCAUAGCACAAACACGCCACACGACAUGUCGCGGGCACUCCCCGGCGCGCCGCCGGUCGGGCCUUGCGCCCCCACGCCCCGCGCCCCGCGCCCCCGCUCGCCUCGCGUCGGUCGCGCCGUGCCAGCCUGCUGCUCGUUCACUUCCCUAGUGGGGCUGCUUCGGCCGCGAGCUCAUCGAAUGUUGCAGGAUCGCCGCGACCCUCUGUCCACCCGCUGUCGUCCAUGUUGACAUGUUAAGAACGAUAGUGUAGCUAUUCGGUGAUCUCGUCGGUCUACUUUGUAACUUGUUCGACUAGUAGGUUUAAUUGAUAUUGCAGUUACCGUAAGUUUAUCUGCUUAGUUUAAUAGGAGAAUCUUAACCAAAGUUCCGUUCGAGCUCUUGAUCUAUCGUCGUCUCUAAUUCCUUCUCUCGGACUCUGUCCGACACUCAACAGGGUUAGUCAACGACGUACGGACCAAAUUUAUGAGAAAUUGUUAUUUGUGAACGGUAUUUGUGAGCCGUCCCGAGCGCGCGCCGGCGCAGUCCGACCGACUGCGACUGCGAUGUUAUUGUAAUAAGUUAAUGUUGUUGAAUAUUUAUGUAUUUCGAUACCGGCCACGGCGGCGGUCGCGUGUUUGCUCAAGUGGCUCGCGUACGCAUGCGCAAGUAUAGUGGCUGCGUCUGUAUAUAGAUAGUUUUAAUAGGGCCCCGAGCCGGCCCCGGGCACUCGAACCUACUCGAAAUCUGUAUUAUAAACGUUGCUGUUGUAAACUCUGACUUCGUCCGUCCCACGUCUCACAAGAUGUACCGCGCCCCGGCGGCUCGCGGGCCGCUCGCGCUCGCCGGUGUCUCACUAGCUCGCUUCGUAGGACUGCUCCAGAUGAGAUUAGCUCCUGCCGGGCACCCGGUGCCCACAGUACCUUCUGUCGAUUCAGUAGUGAGCGAACACUAGUUUCGUUUCAAAUUUACUUAGUGGAUAGUGUAGGUAGUACGUAGAUUCCGUAGCGUAGUUGUCAUUAGUCUAUUUUUGUUAUGGCUGUAGAUGUUAAUGUUUUUGAAAGUUUAUAUAAUUUUUUUUUAGUUGUAAAGAGACUCGCAUUAAUGUAUCGAUUGGGUAGAACCCACGGACAGAAUGAAGGAAGUGGUAGGCGCGAGCGCAGGCGGCGGACCGGGUGCGCCCGCGCGGCCGGCGCACGCGCCGCUCCGCCCCGUGCGCCGCGCGCCGUCGCGACUUACGCACUGAUGACGUCACCCGGACGUUUCCCCGCACUCUAUUUGACUCGUGCUAAUGUUAUAAUAUAUUUUUGUAGGUUUUUGUCGUUGAUAAAUAAGUCAAUUGAAUGUUUAUUGAAUUGAAAGAAAAUAAUGUUUAUAAAGUAAGACUAAGAAGUUGUUGCAUUUGAAAGUAUUUUAUGGAUACAAAGCGAGAACAAUAAAAUGUUUUUUCUAUAAAAGUUUACAAGUGAGGGUUUCUAUACAUAGGUGUCGCGGUUGGACUUUGAAAUGCACUGUUUCAUAUCAAACGAUAUUAUUGUAAUAUACUUAUGGCCGCGCCGCGUGGCAUUUGAUAUUCCAUCUUGUUUGUUAAAAAAUAUACAUCGGAUUAUGCAAUAUUCUGUAUAAAAUAAUGGUACCUAUACAUACAUCAUAAUAUACUUGUUUUCCCCAAAAAUAUAACAUGAAUAUAAUAAUGUAAUAAUAUUAAGGUAUCGUGAUAAGAUGGAGUCGUAUGUAAGAAAAUAGCAGGGCGGUGGGCGCGGAGGCGCUAGGCGGGACGUUUGGGCGCCCCCGCGCCCCCGCACCGCUGCGCCCCCGCGCCCAUGCGCCUCCUCUGUGCUGUCUUAUUAUUUAUUUAUUUUGUUAUGAAGCGCGCCCUCGAUGAGAGGCUAUUUGUCUGUUCUACACUCGUCUACAUAGCAACAACAUAAAACCAUAUUGUUUUACAUGUACGCGUAGUAUUUUGUUUGAAUUAAUUUAUAUAUGGUUCUAUGGAUUGAAAAUAAACGUUAAUUGUUGUAUUUAUAUUUAGUUUGAUUUGUGGUGCAUGCGAGUCGCGAGUAGUGGCCGCUUGCCUGUUGUACCGCCGACACGUUGUCUCCAUCGGUGUUUAUGUACCUAAAUAAAUAAAUCAUCGAUAUGUUACCUUGCG